AUUUGAAGAGUUGAGUUCAAAAAUUAAAUUCAAAAGUUGUAGACAUAAAUAAGUUUAUUAGUAUUAUUAUCGCAAAAAAAUAAAAAUCUGAAUUUAAAAAUAUAAAUAUGAAAUCAAAAAAAUCAAGUAACAUCGGAAUAUUGUAUUUAAGAGCUUAUAAUCUUUUACAAACUAUUGGUUGGUCUUACAUAUUAUAUAAACUCUUAACAAAUGAUUAUUCUUCUACAAUAGAAGCAAAUUUAUGGCAGAAUAUAAAAUGGCCUGUCAUUAUUUUUCAACAUGCUGCUCUUUUAGAGGUAAUUCAUGCUGCAACUGGUUUAGUUAAUGCAAAAGCAAUGAUUACACUUAUUCAAGUAUUAAGUCGUGUUUUUGUUGUAAGUUGUGUAAUUUUAGCAACUCCAUAUAAUUAUGCAGCUUCAUCUUUUGCUCUUCCAAUAAUGAUCUUAGCAUGGUGUAUAUCAGAAAUAAAUAGAUAUAUAUUUUAUGGUCUGAAUCUUUUUGGACUUAAUCCUUAUUUUGUUAAAUGGCUAAGAUAUACAUUAUUUUAUAUAUUAUAUCCAGUUGGUGUAAGUGGAGAAUUAAUAUGUACAUAUUCAGCAGUAAAAUAUACAAAUUCUCACCCAGAAGCAUGGAGUUAUAGACUUCCUAACUCAUGGAAUUUUAUAUUUAGUUAUCAAAUUCUACUUAUAACUGUUAUGUUAUCAUACAUUCCCUUUUUUCCACAAACAUAUAUGCAUAUGAUUGCUCAAAGACGUAAAAAUGUGGGAAGUGAUGCCCUUAAAAAAGCUAAGUAAUAUGAAUGAAGUUUAGCACAUAUUAAUAAUAUUUUAUAAUAUUUUGUUGAAAAUAAAUAUUGUAAUAUUUUAUAAAAAUUGUA